UGAGUGGAUUCGUUUACUCAACCACUGCUCAACAACUAGUCUUCUUCAGUGCUCGUUUCUGGAUAAAAUAGCAUCACCGUCUAUGUUUGCUCCAAUUGUGCCUGCUUGCCGCAGCCUCAGUCGCGUCACUCGUUUCCAGUAGUUUGGAGUCGCAACCACUUUGAAUUUCCCGUUUUCGCCCGUCACGCUCCACAGUUCCCUCAGUUGGAAAAAAACCUCCAGGACUCGGAGUCCGACUUCUGCCACCUUCAAAUCCCGCCAGAGUUCAGGACAUUUGCCAGAUUUCUUGCCAAAGUCUGUCAGACUUCAGUCAGCUUGCUGCCGAGUCGGCGUACUUUGCGAUUAGACUUAGCUUAGUUGACUCUACGCUACGGUGGUUUCAGUUCGCGGAAGAGCGGCGCGGCUCGGGCGCUGGCGCUCUUGUCACCUUGUUUUAUCUCUCGGCGGUCCCGGCUGGGCUCACCUUGAACGGCCGAAUGCUGGAGAUGGGUUUCUCUUGCUGCUUCGGAAGCUUCGCGGAGGGCGAGCAUUGUAGGAUACAUAAGAGUGAUUUGCGAUUUUGCCGCCGAAAGUCCGGGGAGUUCAUCCCCGUUAUAAUGAAGCGCGUGGGCGCGGACGGCACCCUGCCGCGGUACUCAGAGGACGAGCUGCGGCGGGCGACGGGCGACUGGCGGAACAAGCUGGGGGAAGGGGGCUUCGGGGCGGUCUAUAAGGGCAUGCUGCUGGUGCGGGGGGGCGGAGAUGGCGGAAACGGGGAGGAGGAGGAAGAGGAAGAGGAGGAAGUGGGGGAGGGAAAAGCGAAGUUGGAAACGGUGGAAGUGGGUGGGAAGGAGUUUGUUCCGGUGGCGGUGAAGAUGUGUCUGACUGGGGAUGACGCAGAUGGAAGGGAGCAGCUGCUGACUGAGAUCAUGGUGAUGACAGCCCUCAGGCAUCCCAACAUCCUGCGGCUGCUGGGAGUGGUUAUGAUGGGCGAAACCAUCGCCAUGGUGUCUGAGUUCGUCCCAGCCGGGGAUGUUUCGCAGCGACUCACGAGAGCAUCCAAGGGCAUCGAGCCUUUCCCCUGGAAGGAUCGGCUGCGCAUAGCCGUGGGAAGUCUUGAGGGGCUGGCAGCAAUUCACAAGGAGGGAUUCAUUCACCGCGAUUUCAAGGCCGCCAAUGUGCUGCUAACGAAGACACUUGUUCCCAAAGUGGCGGAUUUUGGGCUCGCCAAGGCGUGCCAGGACAAGACACAUGUCACGACGCGAGUGGCUGGGUCGUUUGGCUACAUCGAUCCAGAGUAUUUUGAGCGAGGAUUCUUGUCAUCACAUUGCGACACGUACGCCUUCGGCGCUUUCCUUCUAGAGCUGAUCACUGGCAGCUGCGCGCAGAGUGAAGCCUCCCUAGAAUCAAGAAGACUGCUGAGGGAUCCAGGCUUCACUGAUUAUGCCAAGUUGUUUGACAAAAACUUGGAGGGGCAGUGGACAAAGGAGCAAGCAAAAGUUGUGGCUUCGAUAGUGCAAGGAUCGCUUCAAACUGAUUGGGCUAGCCGGCCAACCACCGAGGAGUUGCUGGAGAUAUGGAGGGAGAACCCUGUCCUAGCAGUGUGAGGAAACAACUUUUGAAACUUGGGUGUGGUGUUGGUGGAAUAUUGCAUGCAGAUGUAUUAUGUACAGUUAAUGCAGCUUUGUUUUGGUAGGAUUGGUAUUUGCUUGUGUCCGUGGCGUUAUGCUCCUUACAGAAGAUGUA